AUGGCAAACCAUGCGAGGAAACGCCGCCGCGAGCCGUUCAACGUCGACGUCAAGCAGGUCGAGAUCUACGAGGACCUCGCCAGCGAGCAGGACGAGAUCCGUCUGAAGGCCGCCCAGGCCCUCAUCUCCCAGUUCACCCCCGACCAGAACCCCUCCGAUGAGCAGAUCAGGAAGGUCUUGCAGCGGCUUUUCCGCGGGUUGUGCAGCAGCCGUAAAGCCGCCCGCGUCGGCUUCUCCAUCGCCCUGACUGAGCUGCUAGCUCAGAUUUUCACGACGACGACGCCGACGACGAGGCAGGACUCACCAUCGGAGGAGCUGAGCAUAACAAAGACACUUGAUAUCUGGGAGUCGCAGUCGAGUGCGUCCGGUAGUGAGAGCGGGCAGGAACAGCGCGACCACCACUUUGGUCGUCUGUUUGGCGCCGAGGCCCUCAUCAAGUCUUCCGUGCUCUUCCAGCAGGGCGCCCCCUUCGACCAGUGGGUCCGGGUGUUGACGCUCGUCUACGAGCUGGCCAAGAAGAAGCCAUGGAUCAGGGAAGAAUGCGGCUGGAUCUUGUACCGCGCUGUCCACGACCUGGCCGCCCACAAGGCGGACGUCAAGUUCGUCAAUGCCAUUCUCGAGCAGCUCGGCACCGCCGACCUGGCUCGCACCCCGGAGGGCGUCUCCAUCUGGCUGGCUGCCAGGGAGAUGUUCCCGCAGGCUGCCCUGCCCGCCAAGGUCUGGAAGUACGACGACCCGCUCGAUGCCCGCGAGAAGACCGCUCUCGCCAAGAUCAUGAAGGAGUCCUCCGCCGCGGAGGAAGAGAAGGGGUCCAAAUCGUCGGGCGUGUGGAACUCGAAGCUGCAUUUUGCUUGGGAUGUCGUUCUGGCGCGGGUCUCUAAUGCCCAAAAGUCCAAGGACAAGUCGGGCGCCUCUCGUCUCACCUUUGUGGACUUUUGGACUGAAGCAGUAGACAACGGUCUUUUCGCUUCGGCUUCAUCCGAAGAACGGAAAUACUGGGGUUUCCUGCUUUUCGUCAAGAUCCUCGCCGACGGCCCCCCGUUGCAGGCCUCCUCGGUGUUCACCAAGAACCUCGUGCGAUGUCUGACAAACCAGCUUGCCGUCGAGGACAGAUAUCUGCACCGGAUGGCCGUCAAGGCCGCCAAAUCCAUCCAGACCCGCGUGUCGAAGGAGCCCGAGUUCGCUGCCGCCGCAGUCAAGGGCCUCAUGGGCUCUAGUGGCGCCGUCAACUUCGACCAGGUUACCAAGACCAAGACAGUGGAGAAGAUCAUGGCCGAGGCGAACCGUGAUGCGCUGCAGCAGAUCCUCCCCUUCUUCGAGUCCCUGGUCGCUAACCCCGGGACAGAGGACAGCAAGGCGGCGGCUUCCACCCGCAUGUUCCUCGCCGGUCUGUUGCUCUCUAUCGUCAGAGCGCGCGCUGCAUCCAAGGACACCAAAGACAAGGCGUCCAAAGAGGAGUCUAAAGAAAAAGAAGAAGAUUAUCAAGACGUUCUGCAGCAGAUAUUGUUCAUCUUCGUGCGAUUCGCCUAUUUCAAACCCCUGUCGGACGACAAGUCCGCACCCCGACCCGCCCUGACUGAAGCAACUCAGGAGCUCUUCCGCAGCCGGAUCAACUCGUGCCUCAACAGCCUGAUCGCCAACGAGAAGUACGCCGCCGUGGUUCCCUACGCGGUCGUGCGCAAGAUUCGCGACGCUGCCAAAUCAGAGGAAUACGGCAAGUUCAUCAUCGACAUGGGCGAAGUUAUUCGUGACUCGGUCAAGACGGCGUUCAAAUCGCUUAAAAAGCUGUCCGGAAUGGAAAACGACGGGGUCACUGGCGUCGAUGCCUUCAAGCUUCUUUAUUCCAUGACCAUCCUCCAGGUUUACAAUGGCGAUUCUGACGCUGUCUCGAUGCUGGAGGAAUUGGAAUUCUGCUACACCAAGAUUCUAAGCGCCGGGGACUCAAAGGAGAAGAAGAAGGACAAGAAAGACAAGAAAAAGAAGAAGGAAAAGGAAAAGGAGAGCGACACCCAGGACGCCGGAGACGCCUCGGACGCCCUGGUGGAAAUCCUACUCAGCUUUGCGUCGAAACAGUCCCAGCUCUUCCGGCGGAUGAGCGAGCAGGUCUUUAGCGCUUUCGCCGACCAAGUCACGGCGAAUGGUCUCGAGUCUUUCAUCUCUAUCCUGGAAGCCAAGGAAAGCCUUGCUGGUCAGCAGGAGAUGUUCGAGGAGCAGGACGAGGAAGGAGACGAAGACAUGAUGGAUGUAGAUGAUGACGACAAUGAACUCGACAGUGACGUUGAAGUUGACAGCGACGUUGAGGUCAUUGAUGAUGAUGAUGAUGAUGAUGAAGACGACGAAGAAGAAGAGGAAGAAGAGGAAGAAGAUGCAGAGGAAAUGGCCGCGUUCGAAGCCAAGCUCGCCGCCGCGCUAGGCACCCACCGCGCCGACCAAGACCUGCAAGCCGAGUCCGAAGCGUCCGAUUCCGACGCGGACAUGAACGACGAGGAAAUGGAACAACUGGACGCCGCGCUGGGCCAAGUGUUCCGCGCCCGGCAGCAAGUGCUCGACAAGCGCGACGAGAAGAAGGACGCACGCGAGACGAUGAUCAACUUCAAGAACCGCGUGCUGGACCUGCUCGAGAUCUACGUCAAGAAAUGCCACUCCAAGCUGCUCGCCCUCGACCUGCUCUUACCCCUUUUACGCCUCGCACGUCUCUCCUCCGCCAAACACGUCGCGGGCAAAGCCAACGCCUUGCUCCGCGAGUACACCAAGCUGUGCAAGGGCGCUGCCAUCCCCUCCCUCACCGCCAGUGAGAGCGGUGCCGAUCACUCCUCCGCGGUGUGGGAGCUGCUUCGUUCUGUCCACAAGGAGGCCCGUCACAGUGGGCCUGCCGCCCACGCCUCGGCCUGUAGUCAGGCUAGCUUGCUGCUCGUCAAGGUGCUCGUCGCCCACGACAAGACCGCUCUCGGCCAGGUGGUUGAUGUGUACGCCGACACGCGGAAAGCACAGCUGCUGAGCAUGAAGUGUCAUGUCCAGCCGUCCUUCUUUACGGAUUGGAAUAACUGGUGUGUUUCGGCUAGUAAGCAGAAGUAG